AUGGCAACGCUCGUACCACCUCAGCCAGCCCCGACGUGGACGCAUCCGCGGGAAGAUAUCGUCAGGCUCACUAAGGAGGCGAUCGCCCGUUACAAGGGAGUAGAGGACAAAGUCGCCUCCUUGAGCCCGGAAGAAUGUAACUUCGACACUGUAUUCCUUGCACUCGCGCACGCAGAAGCCGAGCGCAUUGCGACGGUCCAGCCGCUCACGUUCCUGCACGAUGUCUCGCCAUCCCAGGCCGUCCGCGACGCGUCUGACGCCGCGGACAGCCUCCUGCGCGACUUCACCGUCGACUCGACUAUGCGUAUCGACGUGUUCCGUGCCAAACAGGAUGCAAAGCGAAACAUCGAGGCCUCAGGAGUUGCGCUUGAUCCCGAGGAGCGCCGGCUCGUCGAGAGGAUGGUCCUGGACGGGACGCGCGCAGGCCUCGCGCUGCCUGAAGCGGACAGGGAGAGACUGAUCAAACUGAAGAAGGAGAUAGAGCAAGCGAGCAUGGCGUUCAGGAAAAACGCGAAUGAAGAAAACGGGAGCCACUCAUUUACCCUUGAUGACCUCAAAGGUGUCCCGUCCGAUGUGAUUUCUGGAUAUACGAAACGGACCGAAGGUGACAAGGAGCUCUACGUAGUGGCGUUCAAGAAUGCAGAGUGGGGUUCCAUCACCAGAUAUGCAGAGAAUCCGGAGACACGCCGGGUCGCAUAUGCAGCAUACGAGAGCCGCCUGGCGGUCAACGCUCCGAUCUUGAGCAGGAUAUUCGACCUCCGUCGCCAGAUCGCACAGCUGCUGGGUUAUGCCAGCUGGGCGGACUACGUCACGGAGGUCAAGAUGGUAAAGACUGGGCAAGCAGUCGAGGAGUUCCUCACGGAUCUCGAACAGAGGCUGCGCCCUGUCGGACUGCAAGACCGGGCGGUGCUUCUCGCGCUCAAGCAGAAGGAACACGCGGAACGAGACCUUCCGUUUGACGGGGAGCUCUACGCCUGGGACUCAAACUACUACGACCACAAGCUCAUCCAAACACGCCUCGGCAUUGACGUGCAGCGUCUCAGGGAGCAUUUCCCCGUGCCACAUGUCGUUCCCGCAAUCUUGGCCAUCUACCAGGAGCUCUUUGAGCUUGAGUUCGUAGAGGUCGACAAUAAGGGCCAAACGUGGGAUCCCGAUGUGCGGCAGUACGCUGUAUGGGAGAAGGGCGCGACUGACGAGUCUGGUUUCAUUGGACACUGCUACAUCGAUCUCUACCCGCGUGACAACAAGUCCCCCGGCACGUCCGUGUGGCCACUCGUGCCCGGGUACACAACUGCGUCUGGGGCCCGGCAGUAUCCCACAGCCGCGAUCGUCGCGAGCCUCGCGAAGCCGCGGGGCGACAAGCCGGCGCUGCUUGGGCACUUCGACACAACGCUGCUGUUCCAUGAAUUCGGGCAUCUGUUCCACGAGUUGUUGAGUGCGACGCGUUUUGCACGCUUCCAUGGGACGACGGGCGCGUUAGACUUUGCAGAGGCGCCAUCGCAGAUGCUCGAGAACUGGUGCUUUGAGCCGAAGAUCCUGACGCGCCUGUCCAAGCACUACAAGACAGGGGAACCUCUUGAUGAGGACUUUAUCAACAAGAUAUUGAAGAGCCGAUACACGAACGUCGGGAUGUUCUACCUGCGUCAGGUUUCUUUCGCCGCCUUCGACUUGAGGGUCCACCUUUCCGAGCCCCCCGCAGGCUCGGACUACACCAAACUUUGGAGCGAGUUGCGCGACUCAGUCGCGCUGUUGAAGACCCCCGAGCCAUGUCCCGGGCAUGCGGGCUUCCACCACCUGGUCGGGGAUUAUAGCGUCGGCUACUACGGAUACUCCUACUCUCUGGUCUUUGCGGCGGACAUGUACGCGACUGUGUUCAAGGAAGACCCACUCGAUCCAGCUAGAGGGCGACUUUAUCGCGAGAAGAUUCUCGCUCCGGGGAGCAGCAAAGACGAGAUGGACUUGCUCAAGGAUUUCCUUGGAAGGGAGCCCAACUCGGAGGCGUUCGUGAAGCAGCUGUUCGGCCAAUCAGCUGCGUCUGGUUCGUGA